AUGAUCCUGAGGGGGCCUGGCGGGCCUGGCGAAAAGGGGAGAGGCCUUCUGUAUCAGCCCCACGCAGCCGGCGACGGGUUGUUGGUGGAUGUACACACUUCUUCGUCCUUUCGCACCUCAGCUCCUGAUCUUGCUGCUUUGUUUGUCUGCGUACCACUACGAGUGCUGCUCCGGCGCACCGUCUUCCUUUCGUUCACUACUCGAAAACAAGACCUUUCGUCUGAUCUCAUUCGCUUCGCGCUCUUCAAAAUGUCCUGGACACUCCCCCUGGGUGCAGUGUCCAACCUGUCCGAUUUCAGCGCCCGCCUGUUCCCCAGCGACAAUCACUUUCAAUACACCACAGACUCAUACUCCGACCUGUGGCCAUGGCGCUCCUACAGAACGUCCCCUCACACGCCCCCGCACAUGAACAUCACGCGAUACGACGACAAGCUGGCGGACGGCUAUAUCUUCUUGACUCCAUACGAUGACAAGGCGAAAGAUGGUGUACAUGAGGAAGGGACGGGGUUUGUGAUGACGACCGACGGGGAUCUAGUCUUCACGCCCCCGUCCAAUUUUGACGGCUACUGCGAGGACUGGUUAAGCGGCAUGACCGAUCUUCGGACGCAGGAGUAUCGGGGAAAGAAAUACCUCACCUACUGGAACGGCUGUAACACACACGGCGCGCACUGGGGCCACAGAUGGGGCAGAGUGACCUUUAUCGAUCAGGACUAUAACAACUUCACUAUCAACCCCGAUUUGAAGAUCAACUCGCUCGAUAAUGCCAACAAGGGCCAGAUCGAUGUGCACGAGCACCACAUGACUGACGACGAUACUAUGGUCGUCUCGUCUUACAACAAUACACCAUACGAUCUUUCACCGCUCGGUGGCCCUCGUGACUCCUGGGUAGUCGACAGCUGCUUCUUUGAGGUCGACAUUGAAACCGACGAGGUGGUGUUCUCUUGGAGCGCGCUGGACCAUGUGCCGCUCAAGAACUCGCGACUGGGGGCUCACAACCCGCACGGUACCAAGAACAACCCCUACGAUUGGUUCCACAUAAACGCGGUGCAGAAGAUUGGCAAGAACUAUCUUAUCAGCUCACGGCAUCACUAUGCAGCUUACUUCAUCAGCGGCGAGGAUGGCAGCGUGCUAUGGAAGCUGGACGGCGAGAAUGGCGGUGAUUUUGGUUCCAUCCCUGCCAACUUCCGCGUGCAGCACCAUGUUCGCGCCCAGAACAUUUCAGAUGAUGGUAUGACGAUCACCAUGUUCAACAAUCACGGGCGACGGCCGACACAGGCUCUGGGCUUCUGGGUACCUCUGCCACCUGAUCGGAAGAACCCGCCUGUCUUGGUCCGCAGACUCGAGGACCCCAAGCAUCCAUUACACGCCGCAACGCAAGGCUCGUUCCAAAUGGACCUUGGCAACGGUAAUGCUUUCGUGGGAUACGGCAAGCUGCCCCUAGCUCGAGAGUUUGGCCCAGUCAAGGAUGGGGAAGUGAACAGCAAGCUCUUAUGGGAGGGAAGGUUUGGCUACAACGGGGCAGCGAUGAGCUAUCGAGGAUUCAAGAUGCCCUGGCACGCUACUCCCAAGGACUGGGACCCGGUGGUGCUCGUCGAGAAGACACGGCUGCAGAGAAAGAACUUCCUGAAGGUGUUUGUCAGCUGGAACGGAGCGACGGACGUCGGGUCGUGGGCGGUCUUCACCGGCGACGGUGAUGCGGACAUGAAGUCGGUCGGUGUUGCGAAGAAGCGAGGCUUUGAGACGGUGUUUCAUGUGGACGAGGCUGCGUGCGUGCAGGUUGGUGCGAUCCGAAACGGCGAGAUCAUCCGUGGGUCCAACAUCGCCUGCGUCAACCCCGACGACGUUUACCAUGGUGAUCUGGAAGAUGCGGGCACGGACUCGGGCGAGCUGGCUCAACCCAACCUACAAUCCAGUGAAGAUGACAAGAGCGAUGCACAUAUGAUCUCAGAGGUGGACGAGCUGCAAUCCGAGAAGGAGCAGCUCGAGACGGAGAAGCAGGAUCUAGAAUCCGAGAAGCAGGACUUGCAGGCGGAGACGGAGCAGUUGCAAGCGCAGAUGGACAAGAUGGAAGACCAGCUGGAAGACAUGGAGUCCGGAGCUUGGUUCUCUUACCGCCUGUUCGCAGAGGUGGCCUGUGGUGUCGUCGCCAUCGUGGCCGUCACCUGGGCAUACAUCCUCUGGCGGGAACGGCGGCACGCAAGCUUCCAAGAGGACAAGUACGACUCUGGCUUCAGCUUGGGAGCGUUCGGCGUCGGCCGUAAGCGUCACCGAACCCCUGAUAUCAGGAUCCACCAUGCGUCCCAGACUUCUGUGGAUGAAGCACAGCUCAAGGGCGCGGAUCGAGAUGCGUUUGGACUGGACGAUGAGGAUGACGAAGACCAUGGAAAUGCAUACGGCAAGACGUCGCCGAGGACGCCAUUCUUACGGCAGACGACUGAUCGAUAA